GUAUAACCAAUGCGGCCUUGCGCCCGGGCGGUGUGACGAAGGAAAACGGGGCGGGCCGUUGCAACGCCAUGGUGGAUUAAAAAUAAAAGCUCUAGAACACGGCCGAUGUCCAAAAAAAAACUCGAGACUGCGGCCCGCCCGGCCGCUCGUUACUUCUGCGGUUCUGCCGCCAGCGAAUGGGUGAUAUCCGCGCCGCUUCGACCUCGUCGAACUCGCUGCUAUCGGGCGCCGCCGGCGCUCUCCCGCUAAUGACGCCGCUCCCACUGAUACGCGUCUCCUGGGCCUCGUCUUCCGUUGCCUUACUUUCCCCUCCCAUCUCACCACGGCGGUCACCCUCCCAAUUUCCCCUCUUCCUCUGCCGCCGCGAGCCGCAAUGCCCCCCGCCGGAUUCAUUCAAUGGUAUUACGGCAGCGCUCGUCCCACCAGAGAUCUGGUCAGAAACCAGGCAAAUCCUUCUGAUACUAAGUAAUUUACCGUGAGGGAUGGUGCUGACGACGGAAGGUCUGAAUGCUCGGCCCGUCUGCGUCGGCCAGACAGCCAAUGCGGCGCCCCGCCGGAGGCGGCGUACAGGGCCUCGGAGGAAGCGGUCAGUUCGAGCAGUGACAAUAGCGGGUCGCUGCGGUAGCGUCGGCCACCGCCAAUUCGGCGCCCUGGCUGAGGCGCAUAGGCCCCGGAGGUAGCGGCCGGCUCAGGCUGCGGUGGCGCAAUGGCAGUCGCGCGCGGAGCCGAUGCGGGGAAGGACGGGGCGGUGGUCCGGCCGUGCUCUGCAUCUUCAGAUCCCCUGAACCCAAGCCAUCCGAGGAGAUUCCUCUCCAGGAUCUCCAUGGCCCAGGGCCAAACACUUUGGAUGACAAAGAACAACAUGUCUGCGGCACAAGGAUUGGGGGGUGCUUAUGCAGUGCUGCUCGACACGGGGAACUUUGUGCUCCGGUUGCCGAACGGCACGAUCAUAUGGCAAAGCUUUGAUGACCCGACAGACACCGCCCUCCCAGGUAUGAGGUUCUUGCUGAGCAACAAGGCCCAUGCCGUCGGGCGCCUUGUUGCAUGGAAGGGCCCUAAUGACCCAUCUCCAGGAGAGUUUUCUUUCAGCGUUGACCCCAGCUCUAAUCUGGAAAUAAUCACUUGGAACGGGACCAAGCCGUACUGCCGCAUCAUAGUGUGGAAUGGUGUGUCAGUCUCUGGUGGCACAUACCUGCGCAACACGAGCUCCGUCAUGUACCGAACGAUCAUCAACACGGGGGACAUGUUUUACAUGAUGUUCACAGUCUCUGAUGGCUCACCGUACACACGGGUCACACUUGACUAUACAGGCGCUUUCAGGAUCCUGACCUGGAGCAACUACUCAUCGUCGUGGACAACCAUAUCAGAGAAACCCUCUGGCAGCUAUGGUGUCUACGGUUCAUGUGGCCCGUUCGGCUACGCCGACUUCACUGGGGCUGUCCCAACAUGCCAAUGCCUCGAUGGGUUCAAGCACGAUGGUCUGAACUCAUGCCAGAGAGUGGAAGAGCUGAAAUGUGGCAAGCGAAGCCAUUUCGUGGCGUUGCCUGGGAUGAGGGUCCCUGGCAAGUUCUUGCACAUCCAAAACAUAAGCUUCGAGCAGUGCGCGGGUGAGUGCAAUCGCAACUGCUCAUGUACAGCCUAUGCUUACGCCAACUUGAGCAAUGCCGGCACUUUGGCUGAUCAGACAAGGUGCUUGGUUUGGACUGGGGAGCUUGUUGACACGUGGAAGACCACAUUCAAUGGCGAGAACCUAUACAUCCGCCUUGCGGGUUCUCCUGUUCACGAGAAAAGCAGUUUAGCGAAGACUGUACUCCCAAUUAUAGCAUGCUUGCUGAUACUGUGCAUAGCUGUUGUACUGAGAUGCAAAAACAGAGGAAAAAACAAGAAAAUCCUUAAGAAACUGAUGCUAGGAUACUUGAGCCCUUCCAGUGAACUUGGAGGGGAAAAUGUUGAAUUUCCCUUUCUUAGCUUCAAAGACAUAAUUUCUGCAACACAUAAUUUCUCUGACUCAUGUAUGCUUGGAAGAGGAGGCUUUGGCAAAGUAUACAAGGGAAUAUUAGGUGACAGGGAAGUUGCUAUCAAAAGGCUUAGUAAUGGUUCUGGGCAAGGUACAGAGGAGUUUGGAAAUGAAGUAGUUCUAAUUGCCAAGUUGCAGCACAGAAACCUCGUGAGACUUCUUGGUUGUUGUAUUCAUGAAGAUGAAAAGUUACUAGUCUAUGAAUACAUGCCUAACAGAAGCUUGGAUGCCUUCCUUUUUGAUGCUACAAGAAGAUAUGCUCUUGAUUGGCUGACACGGUUCAAAAUAAUUAAAGGGGUUGCAAGAGGGCUUCUUUAUCUCCACCAAGAUUCAAGAUUAACAAUAAUCCAUAGAGAUCUUAAAGCAAGCAACAUCUUGUUGGACAAAGAAAUGAGUCCCAAAAUAUCGGACUUUGGAAUGGCGAGGAUCUUUGGUGGGAACCAGCAGCAAGGAAACACUAUUAGGGUUGUUGGGACAUACGGUUACAUGUCUCCUGAAUAUGUCAUGAGUGGGGCUUUUUCUGUCAAGUCAGACACCUAUAGCUUUGGUGUUCUUCUUCUUGAGAUCGUAAGUGGGUUGAAGAUUAGCUCACCUCAGCUCAUCACGAACUUUCCAAACCUUACAUCUUAUGCAUGGAAAUUAUGGGAAGAUGGAAUCGCAAGGGAAUUGGUGGACUCGUCAGUUCUUGACAGUUGCCCACUUCAUGAAGUUUUACGGUGUAUUCAUGUAGGACUCUUGUGUGUCCAAGACCAUUCUGAUGCUAGGCCACUCAUGUCGUCAGUUGUGUUUAUGCUGGAGAAUGAAACCACUUUUCUCCCAGAACCUGAGCAGCCUGCGUAUUUUUCACCAAGGAAUCAUGAAAAUGCACAUGCAAGGGAAACCAUGGAAAAUUCUUUCAAUGCCAUGAGUAUCACUACACUAGUGGGGCGUUAGAUGUUCGACGCGCAAACUCUCGGUGAAUAUGAAUUGCAUGUAUAUGUUGUAACCUGUCUUGCUUCCUAUGCCAGUUAUAGUGAUUUAUUUAUUUAUCAAAAUAGUGAUUUUGAUCAUUGUUGGUUGUAAUUUCUGUGUGUUUACUAAACUGGAAGCUGGAUUUUACUGUUUAUGAAACUA